UAAAAUUCAGUUGGGUAAUUUUGGGUUAAAAUGAAGUUUUUGCUAGAAAUAGGUUUUGUUAUUAAGGUUUCUGCGAUGAAUUAGUCUCUAAUUAGCUUUAGUAUGCGAUCUUAAUCAAAGAAAACCGAAAAGCUCAGCUUCUGAUAAAAAUAAACACACUAAGUUUAUCAAGCCUAAGAGGAAGAAAAUGAAAUAAAGAGACAUACUCUGAUAAUUAUAAUAUGUAUGGAAGGAAUGCUUAUAAUCUGGAAUUUCAAAAUUUUCAAACUGAAGAUAGACCAUCAGAUUACCUGCCUAAUAACCAUGAAAGUUCUGAUAACAGCUCAGCAAUGAUUAGUCCUGAUUUUGGCAGAAACAUGCAGCCAGAGCAUGAUGUGACCUCUCGAGCGAGUCAGAAGAGCAGCAAAUCACUUCAUAAAAGUAUAAAUUUAAUGGAGUUACAAAAGAUUGCAACUAAUAGAUCAAAAGAGGCUCGAUCAGCUGCUUUUAAUCAAUAUUCAGAGCCUUAUAAUAGUACGAACAUGAGACCCAUAAGCGAAGAUAGUUGUGAAGAGAAUGUCAGCCCACAGAAAGAAAGAGGAUCUCAUGCAGGAUCUGGCCAAAGCCUUGAAGAAGAAUAUAAGCACACUCUUCAUAGAACAAAUUCUAGGAAAUUUGAUUAUUAUGAGGAUGAAUCAAGCAAUGAUUAUCAGAAAGGAAACGAAGAUAUUUGCUCUGAGAAUAUCAAUGAUAGAGAAGAUGGCUUCAAUCCAAGCGAAGAAUUCUCAGAGAACAUUAGCGAUGAUUCUGACACCCAAGAAUGAUCAAUGAAGAAAUUCAAUAUCAACCAAAUUAAUCUAAACAAAGGGCCAUAUAUGGAUGAUUCUAAAAAGACUCCUUCAAAGCAGAAAAAUACACAUCGUAUUGAGUCUUCAUCAAAGAAAGAAAUUAUUGAAUUCCAGGCUGAUACCACUACUAAAAGAAUCUCAAAUAAUUUCUCAAAAUCUCUGAAUAAAGACCUCAAUCAUUCCAGCAAUGAAGAAAAUCUAGAGGACAGUAACACUCUUGAGAGAGAGGAAAUUAAGAGAGAAAGUGCAGUUGUUGAUGGCUUCGAGGAGUCAGAAGACACUAUUAUUAAAAAUCUCCAAUACGAACCCUCUGAAGAAGAAUCUGGACAUUUUGAGCCUCAGUUAGUUGAAAGUGAGAAAGAAUCACAUAUUCAGACUUAUAUGCCUCCGAAAUCUCUUCAAGAAACAGAAGAAUUUGAAUGGCAAGAAACCCAACAGAAUAUUUUUCCUCCAAACCUGACAGGAACUGAAGAUAUGGAGGAAAUCAUUCAAAUGGAAGAGCAAGACCUAGACAAUGAUGUAAUUCUUGCAUCUGAAGGAAAUAUUUCAGAAGAGGAAAUCAUUAAAUCUGAAUCAAGUCAACAGAAAGUAGACGACACACCUAUUACAAGAGAGGAGGAAGAAAAAGAUAUCCAAGAGAUCGACUAUAAUCCUUUUCCUGACUCAAGCAGAAGGCAUACUGAGAUUCUUAAUAAAAUAUUAGACUCAGAGAAGAAUCAACAGCCUUCUGGGGAUAACUUUGGGUUGAGUUCCCAACAAGAAACUAUUAUUAAUCAGAAAUAAGUCAUCUUCAAAUGCUGAUGAUACAGUGAUCAAUUUGAGAAGUAUUGAUAACCCGCUUCACCAGAUGUCCUUAAUAGAAAAGGAGAAUCAGGACUCUAAUCAGUUUGACAAAGUAAUAAUGUUCAGUCCUUUCAGAGAUUCUCAAAUAUCAGAUCCUCUGCUCAUGCCUGAUCUGAGUGAUCCUGUUCCUUAUGAUUAUGUCUAUCAUGAUAGGAACGAGGAGCCACAUGAGGAUUUUACACUUAUGAAAUCUAAUCCUUCACCAGCAGACAUGAAUCCCCAGGGAAAGAGUUCUCCCUCUGUACCAGAAAGGGAUAGUCCAGAUCAAAAACUGACUCAAUGAAAGACUAAAAGGAUUGAGUAUUUAAUAGACUGUAUGUACUGAAUGCUCAAAUAA